UUAAAACUAUAGUUUAGGGCAAUUCAUAGUUUGCAAAAAUGUCAGACAAAAGAGUACUUCUCGGGUCUCUAAGGACUAAAAAUGUGAUCAUAAGAGAAAUGAUGUCUGAAUUUAUAGGAACCUUCAUUCUUGUGAAUUCUGUAGGAAUCGCGACAGGAGUAGGACUUAUGAUCGCCGCUUAUUUGGGAGCAAAAGUUUCCGGGAAAUUAGAGGGAAAUGUUGUUACAGGGAUUCCCUCUAAGGGUUACAGCGAUUCCCUGUCCCUGCCCUGUUCAUUGAAUCUCAUUUCCCUGCCCUGUUAUUUCCCUGUACAGGGAACAGGGAAUCCCCGAGGACACGUCAACCCUGUGGUCACAUUAGCGGUGGCAACACUGGGCAAGUUUCCAUGGAGAAAAGUUCCCCAUUAUUUUGUGGCCCAAUAUUUGGGAGGUUUAGUCGCAUCUAUUCUCGUAUACCUCAACUUUUACAAUGCAAUUAAUGAUUUCGAUGGAGGAGUUCGGUCGGCAUUUUUCAACGCCACCAGUACUGCAGGACUGAUGACAACACACCCGACACUAUACUUGACGGCGUGGGGAGCCCUUUGCGAUCAAUUA